AUGGCGAAGAACGACGUCUCUCUCGGGACCAGCGGUGAUGGCAAAAUUAUUUUUGGCGUGGCACACUUCAACGAUACCUUUGUCCAUGUGACCGAUCUCACCGGCAAGGAAACUGUUGUUCGUGUAACUGGUGGUAUGAAGGUCAAGGCGGACCGUGACGAGUCAUCCCCUUACGCUGCUAUGCUUGCUGCACAGGACUGUGCCGCUCGCUGCAAGGAGGUCGGCAUUACUGCUGUUCACAUCCGCAUCCGCGGCACCGGUGGUGUGCGCUCCAAGGCCCCUGGCCCUGGUGCACAGAGCGCUCUCCGUGCGCUUGCCCGUGCUGGUAUGCGCAUUGGUCGUAUUGAGGACGUGACCCCCGUUCCCUCUGACUCUACGCGCAAGGCCGGUGGUCGCCGCGGUCGCCGCCUGUAA